GAGAAUAUAAUUUAAUUAAAAAUUAUUCAGUUCAUCACGUAGAGUCUUUAACUUUAGUUUACGAUUGAAAUUCAAAAUUAAGUAGAACUAUUGAACUAUACUGUUGAUAUACAUAUACGCUAUUAUCUCUGAACGAUGGAUCAGUUUAACUCAUUCCGCAAUUUAGCUAGUUAAUUUUUAUUAGUGCUACACUUUGGACUACAGUGAGUGGGUGAGUGGAUUCACAGUGAAGUUUCAUGUGAAAGUGAUUUUUUUCUAAGUUUUUGAAUUUUUUUUAUUAACAUGGCGCAUCGUACAUUUAUUUGCAGCUCUAAUCAGUAUUCGAUAUGAAAUUGGAAAUUUUAUGGCUUUUCAUUCUACAUGCAUUUUCCUGUCAUGCUGCAGAUGUGGAUUGUCGGAGAGAACCAAAAUGUGUUAUAGCAAGAGUUCAUAAAAUGAAAACAGCGAAUUGCUAUGACAAACAGUUCAAAAAUUUCCCUAAAUGCCUAAACACUGAUGUUGAAAUCAUUGACUUAAGUUUCAAUAGAAUAAGGAAAAUAACAAAAGCUGAUAUAGACAGAUUCAAGUAUUUGAAAUUCUUGUACUUAGCAGACAACCUUCUUACCAAUAUAGAGAUAGAUGUGUUUGAAGACGCCGAUGACUUAACUACAUUGGAUUUAUCCUUAAAUGCUAUCAACAGAGUACCACCUGUAAUUUUUCAGUUGCCAUCCCUAACAUCACUCUACCUCAGCCAAAAUUUGAAUAUCAAUAUUGUUGACGCUAUAGAAGUUUCAAAACCAAUUGUGAGUCCUCUCACUCAAAUAGAUAUAAGCCAAACGACUGAUGAAGAUAAUUAUUCCGAUUUUCCGAAUUUUGGUAUUUUGCCGUUUUUGCUUUUUUUGAAUAUUACAAGAAAUUUUUAUUUCAAUUUAACUCCCAGAUUUUUUAUGGGGCUCUGUAACUUACAAAAACUGAUUAACGACAAUGUUACGACUGAUUUUGAAGAUCCAUGUGAUUGCUGGAGGAUAAAUUAUUGGCUAAAAGACAAACACGUCAAAUUUUCUCCAUUCAGGUGUGCAAUUGUUGAAUCACAAUGCAAAUAUACUGACUUCAAAGAAGAAGACUUACAGCUCUAUAAUCAGUGCAAAGAAAAACAUGCAGCAAUACAGAGAAGCAAUUUAAUUUUGAAAAUAAGUAUAGGUAUAGGAGUUGCUCUGAUUAUAAUAAUUAUUCUUAUUGUGAUAAUAUAUUUUUGGCGAAAAAGAAAGAAUAAUCGUAUAAAACAUAAUAGUACAAUAAAAAAGCAUGGCGUUGAUGAUUCCAGUCCAUUAAACGUACAGGGAAAAGCUGUUAGUAAUGAAUACUCAUUGUGAUAUUUAUGUGUAAGUAGGGUAUCAAAAAAAUGAUGUUUAACGUAGGUCAACACUACAAUUGUAAUUUUAAAUUUCAUUUAACAGAUUUUGUAAAAUAAUAGAAUAAAAAGUUAAGAUCAUUGUUGAGU